UCCUCUUCCUCUACUAUGCUCGUGUUCCCGCCCUCUGCACCCAGCCCCUCUCCCAGCCGCAGCCCGCCUCCUGGAGCUGGCCGAGGGGCGAGGCCUGCGCGUCGGGGCGCCGCUCGCGAUUGGUCGGAGAGCUCUCGCGAGAGGCGGGAUCCGGAAGCGGCAGCGGGGCGGGUGCGGGAGUCCGAGGAAGCGGUGGUUGUUGGGGGGAAGUCGCCGGCGGCAGCGCCCGUAGCAUCUGGGGGAGCUGGCGGCGGCCCCGGCUCCGGUCCCGCCAGAAGAGGCUGCUGCUCUGCGCGGCUUUCACCGCAGCGGCGCCUCGAUAGCGCCGCGUCGGGGCGCAAGAUGGCGGCGGCGGGCGGGGGCAGCAGCGUGAACCCUUUUCUCAGCGACUCGGAGGAGGACGAGCCUGAAGAAGCCAGGCCCGGCGGCGGCAGCAGCAGCAGUACCGAGCCGGGAGGGCCGGCGUACCCGGUCCGGCGGCGGGAGGAGGCGGCGGCCGCGGGCAGCCCCGAAGAGCUGCCGGGUUUGCGGGCGGCGGGCGAUGCGGCGGGGGCGGGCGGCGGGGCCGCCGCUGGGGAUCCGCCGCGGGUGUCGAUGGACGCGAUGGCGGCUCAGCUCCUGCGGGAUCAGUUCCUGCUGACGGCGCUGGAGCUGCACACGGAGCUGCUGGAGAGCGGCCGGGAGCUGCCCAGGCUGCGUGAUUUCUUCUCCAACCCGGGCAACUUCGAGAGGCAGAGCGGCACGCCGCCCGCCGGAGGGGGUCUGGGCGGCGGCGUGCUCGGCGGAGCCGGCGGCAGGGAGCCCGGCUCCGGGCAGCUCAAUCGCGCUGGAAGCAUCAGUACUCUUGACUCCUUAGAUUUUGCAAGAUACUCCGACGACGGCAAUAGGGAAGCGGACGAAAGAGUGGCGGUCCUGGAGUUUGAACUACGGAAAGCCAAGGAGACCAUACAGGCCCUCCGAGCCAACCUGACUCAGGCUGCAGAAAAUGAAGUUCCUUUGCAGGAACGAAAAAAUUAUAAAUCAAGUCCUGAAAUUCAGGAGCCAAUCAGACCUCUUGAGAAAAGAGCUCUAAACUUCCUAGUUAAUGAAUUUUUAUUGAAGAAUAGUUACAAGCUUACGUCAAUAACAUUUUCAGAUGAAAACCAUGAUCAGGAUUUUGAAUUGUGGGAUGAUGUGGGAUUGAACAUUCCGAAACCUCCUGACCUUUUACAACUCUAUCGGGACUUUGGAAACCAUCAUGUUACCACAAGAGAUGUGGUGGAUGUAUCAGUUGGUGUAGAUGAUGAUGAGUUGGAGGCUGCCACCCCUGUACUUGGGACAGUUCCGGUAUUUGAAACAACACCACAAUCAAUAGAACAAUGUUUGAUAGUGCAGAAAUUAGAAGAUCAAAUUAGUGUUUUAAACAAUGAGAAAUGGUCUUUGAUGGAACAAAUCCAAAGACUUGAGAGUGAAAUAGAUUUCCUCAAGAAUGGAAACUUUGCCGUGUCUACAGUUUAUGGUGUAGCUCCCCAUCCUUCCUUAGAGCAAGUGCCUCACACAGUCUCAGAGGACAAUGGACGGUACUUGGAUAUCAAGAGCUCUGAGAAUGACAGUAAACGUGCAGACGCUGAGGAAAAAAGCCUUUCUUCAUCAGCUGAACAUGAUACAAGGACUUCAAAAGAUGAUACACUAAGUUCUGUCCCCUGUAAAGACACAGAGAAAGUGUCCUCUUGUGCUCCAUCAGCUAAAACUGCAGUGCACUUUGAUAAACCGAAUAGGAAAUUGUCACCAGCUUUCCAUCAAGCACUACUGUCUUUCUGUCGAAUGUCAGCAGAUAGUCGUUUGGGAUCAGAGGUAUCUCGAAUUGCAGACAGUGAGAAAAGUGUCAUGCUAAUGCUGGGACGCUGCCUGCCUCAUAUUGUUCCUAAUGUGCUGCUUGCAAAGCGAGAGGAACUGAUCCCACUCAUACUGUGUACAGCCUGCCUUCAUCCUGAACCCAAAGAGAGAGAUCAGCUUCUACACAUACUGUUCAAUUUGAUCAAACGACCAGAUGAUGAGCAAAGGCAGAUGAUACUGACCGGCUGUGUGGCAUUUGCCCGACAUGUUGGACCAACGCGUGUAGAAGCUGAGCUUUUACCACAGUGUUGGGAACAGAUCAAUCACAAAUACCCAGAGAGACGGCUACUGGUAGCAGAAUCUUGUGGAGCACUAGCACCUUACCUUCCUAAAGAAAUUCGUAGUUCAUUGGUACUUUCUAUGCUGCAACAAAUGCUAAUGGAAGAUAAGGCAGAUCUGGUACGAGAAGCUGUGAUCAAAAGCCUUGGCAUCAUUAUGGGAUAUAUUGAUGAUCCAGACAAAUAUCAACAGGGCUUUGAACUGCUGCUUUCAGCUUUAGGAGACCCUUCAGAACGUGUAGUUAGUGCAACACAUCAAGUAUUUCUACCUGCUUAUGCUGCCUGGACAACAGAACUGGGGAACUUACAGUUCCAUCUUAUACCUACGCUGCUUAGUAAAAUUGAAAAACUGCUCAGGGAAGGAGAACACGGUUUGGAUGAACAUAAGCUCCACAUGUAUCUAUCUGCUUUGCAGUCACUGAUUCCAUCAUUAUUUGCAUUGGUGCUACAGAAUGCACCUUUCUCAAGCAAGGCUAAACUUCAGGGAGAAGUACCACAAAUAGAAGUCACUAGAUUUCCCCGACCUGCAUCGCCUCUUCAGGAUGUGGCUAUCAUCGUCGGAAGCCGUGAACAAUUGGCAGUAUUGUUGCAACUUUACAACCAUCAGCUAGAACAUGAGGGGACCACAGGCUGGGAGACUUUGCUAUGGGUAGUCAAUCAACUGUUACCACAGCUUAUAGAAAUAGUUGGCAAAAUCAACGUAGCAUCAACUGCCUGUGUCCAUGAGUUCUCCAGAUUUUUCUGGCGACUUUGUAGGACAUUUGGGAAAAUUUUUACAAACACUAAGGUAAAGCCACAGUUCCAGGAAAUACUAAGACUAUCUGAGGAAAACAUAGAUUCCACAGCAGGUAACGGAGUGCUUACAAAAGCUACAGUUCCCAUCUAUGCAACAGGGGUCCUUACGUGUUAUAUUCAGGAAGAGGACCGCAAGCUGUUAGUUGGAUUCUUGGAAGAUGUCAUGACCAUGCUAUCGCUGUCCCACGCUCCUCUUGAUAGCCUGAAAGCUUCCUUUGUGGAACUGGGUGCAAACCCAGCUUAUCAUGAGUUGCUGUUAACUGUCUUAUGGUAUGGAGUUGUCCAUACUUCAGCUCUUGUUCGAUGCACAGCAGCUAGAAUGUUUGAGCUGUUGGUGAAGGGGGUACAUGAAACUCUGGUAGCUCAGAGAGUUGUUCCUGCUCUCAUUACUCUCUCCAGUGACCCUGAAAUUUCAGUGAGGAUUGCAACAAUUCCUGCUUUUGGGACCAUCAUGGAAACUGUUACACAAAGAGAGCUUCUGGAAAGGGUAAAAAUGCAGCUAGCAUCUUUCCUGGAGGACCCUCAAUAUCAAGACCAACAUUCUCUUCAUACAGAAAUCAUAAAAACGUUUGGAAGAGUUGGACCUAAUGCUGAGCCCAGAUUUAGAGAUGAAUUUGUUAUUCCACACUUGCACAAAUUAGCCUUGGUCAACAACCAGCAGUCCGUGGAUUCUAAGAGACUGGAUAUUGCUACCCACCUAUUUGAAGCCUACAGUGCUCUUUCCUGUUGCUUUAUUUCAGAGGAUUUAAUGGUCAAUCACUUUUUACCAGGACUUAAGUGUUUACGGACUGACAUGGAACAUCUCUCACCAGAGCAUGAGGUUAUUUUAAGCUCCAUGAUAAAAGAGUGUGAACAGAAAGUGGAAAAUAAGACCGUCCAAGAACCGCAGGGCUCGAUGUCGAUCGCUGCGAGCCUUGUGAGUGAGGAUACAAAGACCAAGUUUCUGAACAAAAUGGGCCAGCUGACUACAUCAGGUGCAAUGUUGGCUAACGUGUUCCAGAGGAAGAAGUAAGGUGGGAAAAGGAGCUCCCAACUAACACUAAGAUGGACCUCACAGAGACUGGUUCCUGUACUUGAAGUACUUGCCUUUUAAUUUCUUCUGUCUUAUGUUCUCGUAGUAUAAUUUUAUUCUAACCUCCAAAGAUAUUUGCACUGCUUUUGAAUAUCGCUGUGUACCUGUUAAUUUUUGGGUUAACUGUGGUUGAUAUAAAACUGAAAUCAUAGUCUGUACCAAGUCCCUGUUCUGUGUUCUUGUCUUUCCAGCAUAUUUUUUUUUUAUAUAGUGGAAGGGUUUUGUUUUUGUUUUUUUUUUAAUUAUUAUUUUCUGACAGGAUAUCAGCAAAUAUCUGUAUUAUACAUGGAGCUAUUAUGACGGUACUUAAAAUAAUGUAAAUUUGAAGUCAUUGUCAUGAAGUAAUAAAAGUGAAGAUUACUUAUGUAUUUAAAUUAUGAAAGAGUAAUGCAGAUUUUUUUAUUAUGUUUCUAAAAAGAAGAGGAGGAGCCACCAGCAUUUGUCUGUGCUUCUAGGGUUGUUUUUGUAAGUAUUGUGCAUCUUGAAUCCAGAGGAAUUGCAGUACCUAAUGUAUAAGGCUGCUUGCACUGCAUCAGUCUGCAGGGAAUGCUCAUGUUUCAGAUGCUUUAUGCUGACAUUGUAAAUGCUGUACAAAAUCCUUCAGAUAAAAUUCUCACAUCUGUUGUGGUUUUUUGAGGGAUGUUUUGUUUUGUUGGAGUUUUUGUUUUAUUUUGAAGCACUUUAACAGCCAGUGUACGCAUCCAGACACACAUACGCUUAAGGCAAGGAAAAACGUGAUAAUAUUAACAAACUAUAAGCUACUACAGGGGACCCAAUGCAGUACUGCAGGCAGAGUAACCUUAUGCAGGAGAAAGAAUGGUCUCAUCUUGCACUCACUGUGCAGUUCUGUGUCCUGUGAAAGAUAAAAAUUAGAAGAUUUUGUUGUUCAGUUUAAAUUCCAGUUCAAAUUUCAUUUCAGAAUAUUUGAAACUACAUUAAGGGAUUGGACACACACUGUUUCUUUCAAGCGUUACCUAGACUGAAAACAUAUUUUACAAAAGCAUUACAAGGAGCGUCCUGUAAUCGUGUGUUUUUGUUACCAAGGAAGCAUUAAGAACCAAAUCUGUUCAUUUUUAUGCAGCACUUUUUUUUUUCCUUUAUGUCAAUGUAACCUUCUGAGAGUAAACUCAAGUGCAUGCAUAAAUUGGUAAUACGUGGUAAGAUGUAAAACAUCAGGCAUUCUCUGACUCAGUGCCCUUCAGUUGGAAGUAUAAACAUCUUUAAGGAUAGCAAAGCAAAAGGACUGAUGGGAGAAAUUACCAUCUCCUGAGACAGAAUAUAGAUGGCAGCACUUCACAUGCUGCCCUCAGAAGUAAUAGAGAUCAUCUGAGCCUUCUGCCUGCUUCGUGUUUGUGCCUGCUGGCUCUGCAUAGAUGGUUGCCUGCCAUGUUUGUGUUGUGACAGGGCCUGCUGCACACUUGCACACUGUCAGUCCCUUUACACUGCACUGAAACAUUUUUCUCAAGAUUGCAGACAGUUCCAUGCCUUCUUGUUGCUUGUUACCAUGAAAGUAUGCUUUUAGCAGACUGACUGUCAAAUGGAGACAUUCCUGAGGAAUGGGAAGUGGUGAUGUUUCCUCUCUAUUGUUCUGUUGUCAAUAAAAAGUUUUGUAUACCUGC